AUGCCGAGAUUCAAGCCUGGACAGUGGAUUGAGUACAGUCCUAUCGACGAUCCAUACCGACACAAGGGCGUCAUAGACUCGCUCGUAAAAGACGAUGAAGGCAAGCCUACCGGUCGAUAUAUGGUCAAGGAAAAUGACAUGCGAGACCGGAUGCAGACUGUGAAUGAGCGGUUAAUUUACAGGGUUGUGGAGAAGGAGCAGGAGAAGCCGCCUGAAAGAGUUCGCUAUCAAUACAAGGCGAGAUCGAAGUCGAGGGAUUUGGAAUAG